AUGAAAUUUCUCGUACUAGCUUUGUGCAUCGCCGCAGCAUCAGCCGCUGUUACACCAAUGUCAGCUGAUCAGCUUGCUUUAUUCAAGUCAUCAUGGAAUACAGUUAAGCACAAUGAAGUUGAUAUUCUUUAUGCUGUCUUCAAAGCCAAUCCAGACAUCCAGGCUAAGUUCCCUCAGUUUGCUGGAAAAGAUCUCGAUUCAAUUAAGGAUUCUGCUGACUUCGCAGUUCACUCAGGCAGAAUUGUAGGAUUCUUCUCAGAAGUUAUUGGACUUAUUGGAAAUCCAGAGAAUCGUCCAGCACUCAAGACCCUUAUCGAUGGAUUAGCUUCAAGCCACAAAGCCCGUGGUAUUGAAAAAGCUCAAUUCGAAGAAUUCCGUGCCUCACUAGUUGACUACCUCUCACACCAUCUCGACUGGAAUGAUACCAUGAAAUCAACAUGGGAUCUUGCAUUGAACAACAUGUUCUUCUACAUCUUACAUGCAUUGGAAGUCGCUCAAUAA